GGCAAGACGACAACUGACGUCAACAAUUACUCGGUCUUUUUGGUUGAUUUCAAUGUAAAUAAUUCUCAAUUGUUCUAUAAUGUUUACUCUCUGGACGCUCAUCGAAGCCUCGCUGCUGUGCCUCAAUGCCGUGUGCAUCCUGCACGAGGAGCGCUUCCUGGCCAAGUUUGGCUGGGGCCGGCAAGCGGGCCAGCAGAACUUUGGAGCACCUACGGCCAAGGACCAAGUGUUAAAUCUCAUUCGUUCCAUUCGCACAGUGGCCAAAAUUCCCCUGAUAUUUCUUAACAUAAUUGCGAUUAUAUUUAAACUGUUGCUUGGUUAGAAACAUAAAGUCUAUUGUAAAAAGUA